UGAAGCCACUUUGUCCUGUGAAAAUGUGAUGACUGAUCAGGAUAAAUGUGACAGAACUACCUGGUUCUUUGAUGGUUCAACAAACACAGCAGUAGUAGAGCUGAUUAAACUUGGGCAGAUUGGUGAAGAAGCCAAAGCUAAAUCAGACAGACUGAGUGUUACAGCGGACUGUUCUCUGGUUAUAAAGAAGGUCACAGUUGAGGAUGUUGGUCGUUACACCUGCAGACAGUUCGACAGAUCAGGACGAUCUAGAGACUCUAAUGUUCUUCUGUCUGUUGUUAGCAUGACUGAACAUAAGGACACUGAUGAGGUGAAGUUAAACUGCUCUGUGUCGAUAUAUGAUGUAUGCAGACACACAGUGAAGUGGCUGUAUGAAGGAAGAGACUGGAACAUAAAUACCAGAGACACAAAGAUAUCACAGUCUACCUGCUCAGUCACUGCAGUCUUACCAACUUCUAAUUUUAUUUAUACAUCGAAUUAUAAGUAUUUGCAGUGUAAAGUCACAAAUCUCAUCAGUAAUGAAGAGCAGCUGUAUAACUUCAGUUAUCAGUUAUCAGGUGUGGUUGCAACAACAUCAAAACCUGAAACAACACGAUCAACAGAACGAUCAGAAGUUCGUGCAGAUUGUUCUGCUCUGAUCUACAUAAUGUUGGUGAUGCGUGUGGUUGAAUUCGUCCUCAUCACUGUUGUUACUGUUCUCAUCACUGUUGUUACUGUUCGUCACUUCAGAGCUCGAGGGAACCAGAGACCACCUGAUGACCACACUGUUUCUUACUCAGUAAGAAGCAGAACAGCGAGGCGUUCAGGUCCAGCAGCCAGUCAGGAGAUGAAUGAUGAAGAUGAUGGUGCGGUGAACUAUGAAAACUGAUCAACCACUUCCACACCAACAUCAGCUCACCAGAGAAACGACUCCCUGACUGUUAUAUCAUUAAUAUCCUCUCAGUUUUACAUGACUAGUU